AUCACUUCAAUAUUCUACCUACCUAUCUGCUUACUAUACAACAACAAUCUCCGAUUCCCCGGCGGCCGGCCUUCACAGUUCACAACCCAUCCAAAUGGCAACCGAUGGAGAUGCUGGCAGACACCAAGAAGUUGGCCACAAGAGUCUCUUGCAGAGUGAUGCUCUUUACCAGUAUAUUCUUGAAACAAGUGUGUACCCAAGAGAGCCAGAAUCCAUGAAGGAGCUCAGAGAGAUAACAGCAAAACACCCAUGGAACAUCAUGACAACCUCAGCUGAUGAAGGGCAAUUCUUGAACAUGCUUCUCAAGCUAAUCAAUGCCAAGAACACCAUGGAGAUUGGCGUUUUCACUGGCUACUCUCUCCUCGCCACCGCCCUCGCUCUUCCAGAUGACGGCAAGAUUUUGGCCAUGGACAUUAACCGGGAAAACUACGAUUUGGGUCUUCCGGUGAUCGAAAAGGCCGGCGUUGCACACAAGAUUGAUUUCAGAGAAGGGCCGGCGCUCCCGGUUCUUGACCAGAUGAUCGAGGACGGAAAGUAUCAUGGGACAUUUGAUUUCAUUUUCGUGGACGCCGACAAGGACAACUACAUUAACUACCACAAGAGGUUGAUUGAUCUGGUUAAGGUUGGGGGACUCAUCGGCUACGACAACACCCUGUGGAACGGGUCCGUGGUGGCGCCGCCGGACGCGCCGCUCAGGAAGUACGUCAGGUACUACCGGGAUUUCGUGUUGGAGCUCAACAAGGCGUUGGCCGCCGACGACCGGAUUGAGAUUUGCCAGCUUCCGGUGGGCGAUGGGAUCACCCUCUGCCGCCGUGUCAGCUAAAUAUAUAUAUACACAUUCUUGCCGAUGACCACAAUUUCCCUUUGGUGUUUUUUUUUGAACGUUUUUAUGAAUUUCCCAUUGUAAUUCUCAAUAUUUUAAAUGUUGGUUAGAGGGAGGAGGGGGUUCUGAAAAAACAGCCCAUAAAAUUGUUGACUUUUGUGAAUAAAUUGCAUUUUUCAUUUUGCUUA